AUGAGUUACGGAAAUAAUCAAGGCGGCUACGGCUCCUAUAACCCUUAUGGCGCCAGCCAGCAAGGCUAUGAACGAGCCAACGAUGUGGAAGAGGGCAACGGAUCCUACGAGAUGGGCCAGGUGGGCCAGCCUGCCGACCCGACCACCUUGUUGAACAAGUGCCGUGAAAUCAACGAUGGUAUCGCCGAUAUUCGUGCCAAAAGAGAGGGGCAGCUCGCCGCCGCGCAGAACGGUUUGCUGGACUCGAGCACCGGAAAGGAAGACCAAGUUUCUCGCCAGGCCCUGGACUACGUCGAGGACGAAAUCAACAACGGUUUCCGCUACCUCCGCGAUCUCCUAAAGAAGAUCAAGCAGACCCCCGGCUCCGGAGACAGCCGCGUACAGACCCAGGUCGAUGUCACCAGCCGCAAUCUGCGUCGCGAAAUCGAGCAGUACCAGCGGGCCCAGUCGGAUUUCCAGAAGCGUUUGAGGGAGCAAGUUCGCCGGCGAUAUGAAAUUGCCAACCCGGACGCGACCCCCGAGGAGCUGGAGCAGGGUGUUGAUAAUGUUCUAAUGGGCCAGGAGCAGACCUUCCAGCUCACUGGUAGCCGGACUCGCCAAGCCAACGAUGCCAGACAAGCUGCCUUGGAGCGGUCGGCCGCAAUCCGGAAGAUUGAGCAGGAUAUGAUGGAACUGGGUCGUCUGUAUCAAGAAGUGGCAGAGCUUGUGCACCAGCAGGAACCAGCCGUGGAACAGAUCAACCAAGGUGCCGAGGACGUUGCUGGGAAUGUCGCCAAUGCCAACACUCAGAUCACCCAUGCCAUUGACAGCGCGCGUCGGGCAAGAAAGUGGAAGUGGUAUGCUCUGCUUAUCAUUAUCCUCAUUAUUGCCAUCGUGGUUGGUGUUGCUGUUGGUGUUACCCAGGCCAACAAGUCCUCUUAA